CAAGCACCAAAAAUCAGCUGGAUGAUGAACAUGUACAUAUUAUAAUUUUAAGUGUGACAGGAUUUUAAAAUGGCACUUUUAAUGCCACUUGGACUAAACUAUCCAAAUGGAUUAAUUAAUAAAACUUUAUUAAACAACAAAGCACAGAUGAGUAAGUCAAUCGUAGAACGCCCUCCUGCUUAUAGAGGUCCGUCAAAAAUACCAAGAUUUGCACAUGCACGACAACCGUUGCCAGGCAUUGAGAUGGAAAAUGUGAACAACAGUGGCAGACGGCCGUCAAAACUUAUGCAACUUAAGACGGAUUAUCAAGAUAGAAUUAUGAGGGAGAAAGAAGAGAAAAUGGUUCGAUUGUACGAGGACAAUCAGAAAAGAACUUUAGAACGAGUGAAUUCGAAAGGGGUGGUCAGAGAUUUCUUCCGCGAACGCCACGAAAUUGAAAGAGGAAACGGCAUUGCAACUCAAAUUCCAACUAUAAAUCAACAUUUCAAACAAAAAAGGAAUGAACAGAAAUACGGGGAAACAGAUUUCUUUGAAAAAAGAAAAGUACCUGGAGAAAAAGUCAAACGAGGUGGAUAUGGCAAUCGUAACGCCAUCGGCCGUGAUAAAGCUAAUCCAUUAGCGCCAAUCGACCGAAACAAUACGACACCGCCGAUUACAAGGAAACCUCAAAUACAUGGCAGACCUUGGACUAAAGAGGACAAAAAACCUAAAGCCAAUGACGAAUCUGUCCCCAAAAGUGCACCAGCUCCCUACGGGAUGAACAGUGGAGUUGAAUUAUACGGUCCCGUUACUCAAUCACCUAGUGACGAUACACCGCCACCCAACUUAUCACAACUGAAAAAGUUACAGAAACAGAAGAUAAAAACCAACAGAUCAAAUAUGUCGCCCUCCACACAAAGAUCUAAAAUGUCUGACUUCCAGAAAUGGCAAGUAGAACAAGAUGAAUCGAGAAGUGAAAGGCUGAAAAAACACAGUCGUAUGCAAAACGAUAGCGACGAAGAAAACUUCCAUGAAGGUGAUGAAGAUGAAAUUUUGUCCAAACAACAAGAACUGAUGGAAAAGAUUCAGAGACAAAAAGAUGAGUUAGAGAGAAUGAGAAGAGAAAGAGAAAAAGAAGAAGAAAUGGAGAAAAAAGAAAUGGAAAAAAGAAAACGCCGAGAAGAGGAAAGAAGAAAAAAAGCCAAGGAAGAUGCUGAACGUAAAAGAAAGGAAGAUGAAGAACAAAGACGACAGGAAGAAGAUGAAAUAACGGUACAAGCGCGAAAAAGACGCGAUGAGGAAGCACAAAGGAGACUUGAAGCAGAAUCAAGGAUGAUGACUAACAGAACAAACCGAACUCAUAAAAGUGAUGUUAGUUACCGUGAUACAUACAGGGACAAUAUGGAUGACGACUUUGUUCGAUCUGAUAGCAGACAUAGAGUUGCACCUACUCCUCCAAAACACCCUAAGCCAGUUAAAGUAAAACGUCCUUCAGGAAAUCCAAAAAGUACUCAGCCUCACUAUGAACGAGAAGAAACUCCUCCUAAAGACUUUAAAGUAGACAUCAGUAUGUAUGCUGAUGCUGCUAAUGUUGAUGGUGCAUAUGAAAGUUCUAGAGUCAAACUUGUUCCAUGUUCCAAAUGUGGACGAAAAUUUGCUGCUGACAGAGUUCAAAGGCAUAUGAACUCUUGUGACAAUUUAACUAAGAAAAGAAAGAUUCUUGAUCCAACAAAAUUACGAACAGCUGGAACAGAUAUGGAAAAAUACGUCAAGAAUCCUAAAAUGAGGUCAAAGACACCGCCUAAAAAGAAGGCAAAUUGGAGAAAACAACAUGAAAGUUUCAUUGAGAAUCUAAGGUACGCCAAGAAGGUUUCAGAGAUGGAAAAAACUGGGCAAGAUAUGUCGAGUCUACCUCCGCCUCCGGUCACCGAAAACCCGGACUAUGUGCAAUGUCCCAAUUGUAAACGAUCCUUUAACCCAACCACUGCCGAAAGGCAUAUUCCACGUUGUAAUGGGGCCCCUAGAAAAAAAUAAUUCAAAUAUAAACAACUUGGAAUAAUGAUGAGAUAACGUGCUGGUGCCAUUUGAUUCAAAUCAUUGUAUCGAUUUCAUAUAUGUUUGCCAUUAAAAGAGCACAUGAAAUGAUUAGAGUGUUUAUCACAGAGCUUUGAAAUUGACAAAUUAAUUUAGUGCGAUUUAUAUAUGAUUAUGUUAUACAAAAAUCACUCCAGUUCAUAUAUGCAAAGGUUUUUUUUUUUUAAUUUUAAGCAAUUUAAUCAAAAGAGUUCGAUGUAUGAUAACUCAUUAUAAUGUGUUCAAGAAAUUAAAGCAUUGUUAGAUCUGUAGGUAGUAUUAUUCUUCAUCUGGAGAUAGACCAUAGACGAAAAUGCAAUAAUUGGAAAGACCGACCUAUUUGUUAUUACAUUUAGAAUAUUAUUUUACUGACUUUUAAUUUAUUGUUUUUGAAUUACUUAGUUUAUACUGUUAUGUUUGCCAAAUUCGUUGCAAUCAAAGUGGGUUCAGUUUAUACUUAAAGUUUAAACAACUGAUACAUUAUUAACUCCCUUUUGAAAGUUUAGUUAACAUGAAUCCACAAUAACGCAAGUUUGGGAUUUAAACUUGGUUUUAACAAAUGAGUUUGAUAAACUAAUUGAAAUCUGAGACUAUUUUGGUUGCAACAUAUUUGACCUUAUAUUUGUUUUGUAAAGCUUUUUAUCAUUUUCAAUGAACUCUUCCAAAUUAUUGUUUAUCUUCUUUGUUUUGAGAUUUAGAAGUUAAUCAUAUAAAAUUGAACCAUUUGCAUAAUUUGCGCCCUUCCUGUAGAAUUACACAUGAUAGAGUUAUAAGGUACAUUUGCUAAUUUUUUAAACCUGAAAAAUGUUUAAUCUCAAAACAUUGCCUUUCAGGUCUAUAAUGUUUCUUUUCUUCAAAAUUUUAAAACAUUUAUUUAUACAAAAAGUGUAUAGAUAAUUGUGCUGGAUUAAGCUUUAGAAUGUUGCAAUUAAUGCUAUACGAUUUUGCCAAUCUUAGCCAUUACUAAAAUUUUGUCAUUUCUGUCUGUAGUUUGUAACAAGCUUGACUUAUGAGCUUAGUUUGUAACAAGCUUGCAUUGACUUAUGAGCUAACAUUUUAUCAACUAACCCAUGGUUAAGGUAUACUUUUUGUUAGAUAUGAUAUACAGUAGUCUGCUUUCAUUGGUGCUUUAUUCUCAUGGAUUGUUUUAAUUGAAUCAUAUUUGUUUAAUAUCAUGUCGAAAGUCUUAAUUUAAAUCUUAAUAUUAUGCCUCAAACUUUUACUUUUAAGAAAUAUUUUAUCGAGAUUUAAAAUUAUUUUAUGCACUUUU